UUUUUGAUGUGCAGCAAAUGGCAAAGUAUCGGUAUUCGGUAUUCGGUAUCGAGAUGCGAGUAUUCGUGCAACUGUGCGUGGCCAUAAAAGCAGCUCUGCUUGUUGGCGGUCGUCCAGAAGUCAAACAGCAUCGGCACUACACGCUACGGUUACUCGUACCGUAUAUAGCGAAGGAGCAGUGUUGACAGGCAGCAAACAAGCAGACUUGGCAAGUGUUGACUAAAUUCGAAACUAAAACCAAAAACUUCUAAUGACCGGAGAUAAGCCUAUGGACAAAAUGAAGGGGCUGCUGUUGCUGCCUUUGCUGCUUACGCUUGCCUUUGUGCUCUCGCUACCGUACGGAGUCGCCGAUAGUAACACUUGCUCCGCAUCUGUGCUGCAAGCUCGUCGCUUCUUUGAUCAGGAGAACUCUAAGCUGCGAGAACGUUAUCAUGCCGAGUACUCCGCUGCCUAUGCUUACAACACCAAUGUGACAGAGGAUAAUCGUCGUGCCAUGAUUGCCGUCUAUGCGGAGAGUGCCAAGCAGAACAAACUGUUGGCGGAGGCAGUCAAGGCUGGCGAAUAUGACGAAUCCGAGGAUGCACAGAUACGCAGGCAGGCGCGUAUGUUGCAGGAUCUGGGUGCGGAUGCUCUGAAUGCCAGCGACUAUUUGGAGCUGAAGAACGCCAUCAGUCAGAUGCAAUCGAAUUAUGCCACUACGACAGUUUGCUCCUAUACAAACCGCACCGAUUGCAGCCUAACGCUGGAGCCGCACAUUCAGGAGCGUCUGUCCAACAGCCGUGAUCCCGCCGAGCUGGCCUGGUAUUGGCGCGAGUGGUACGACAAAGCUGGCACGCCCAUGCGCGAGAACUUUGCCACAUAUGUGCGAUUGACACGCAAGGCAGCGCAUCUAAAUAACUAUCGCUCCUACGCCGAUUACUGGGUGCACUUCUAUGAGGAUACAGACUUUGAGCGACAGCUGGACGCCACGUACAAGGCACUCUUGCCAUUCUACAGGCAAAUCCAUGGCUAUGUCAGGUAUCGUCUGCGUCAGCAUUAUGGACCCGAUGUGGUGCCAGCUGAGGGCAAUAUACCGAUGCAUCUGCUGGGCAAUAUGUGGGCGCAGUCGUGGAACGAUGUCAUUGAUCUAUUCACACCUUAUCCGGAGAAACCGUUUGUGGACGUCAAAUCGGAAAUGGAACGCCAGGAGUACAGCGUACAGAAGCUCUUCCAGCUGGGUGAUCAGUUCUUCCAAUCGCUGGGUAUGCGAGCACUCCCACCGACCUUCUGGAACGCUAGUGUGCUGGAGCGACCGCUGGAUCGCGAAGUCAUCUGCCAUGCGUCGGCGUGGGACUUCUAUCAGGACAGCGAUGUGCGUAUCAAGAUGUGCACCGAGGUGGACACCCACUAUCUGUAUGUGGUGCACCACGAACUGGGUCACAUACAAUACUAUCUGCAGUAUGAGCAACAGCCAGCUGUUUUCCGCGGUGCCCCCAAUCCGGGCUUCCACGAGGCUGUGGGCGAUGUGAUCGCACUCUCGGUUAUGUCCGCCAAGCAUCUGAAGAGCAUUGGUCUCACCAGCAAUGGACGGCUGGACGAGAAGAGCCGCAUUAAUGAGCUGUUUAAGCAGGCCCUCUCCAAAAUUGUAUUUCUGCCAUUUGGCUAUACGAUGGACAAGUAUCGCUAUGCUGUCUUCCGCAACGAAUUGGAUGAGAACCAGUGGAAUUGCGGUUUCUGGCAGAUGCGUUCCGAAUUUGGUGGCGUUGAGCCACCAAUGAUGCGCACCGACACCGACUUUGAUCCACCAGCCAAGUAUCAUAUCGAUGCCGAUGUCGAAUAUUUGCGCUACUUUGCAGCCCACAUAUUCCAGUUUCAGUUCCACAAGGCGCUGUGCCGGCUGGCCGGCCAGUAUGUGCCGGGCGAUAGUCGCCAGACAUUGGACAAUUGCGAUAUAUUUGGCAGCAAGAAGGCUGGCGAGGCAUUCAAGACCUUCUUGUCUGCUGGCAACUCAAAGCACUGGAAGGAGGUGCUGGAAGAGCUCACAGGCGAAACGGAAAUGGAUCCAGCUGCAUUGCUCGAAUACUUUGAUCCGCUCUAUCAAUGGCUCAAGCUGGAGAACAGCCGUCUUGGUGUGCCCUUGGGCUGGAACGAGACGAACAAAAUUCCAUCCAGUUGCUGUGGAGCAUUUAGUACUUAAUUCAAAGAAGACAGUUCUUUUCGGCACAAGACAGAGAUUUUUUUCUACCCGCAAUAGUUUAAGAUACCUAAAAAUAUACAUUAUAUUUUAUAGUACAAAUAUAAAAAAAAAAACCUCUUUUUAAAUAUGAAUGUGAAGUGUGAAUAUUAUUGACCUUAAUACAUCUUAAAAAUGGCUUAAAGUCAUUCGAGAUAGAGUCUCAAACAAUCGGAAAAGAUAAGAUACGCUCUACUAUAAACCUGGAUAGGAUUAUUGUAAGAUAAACGAGAGCAGUGUAAAUACACUUGUAAUUAAAAUUCUCGUAUUCUUUAAUUGAAAUUUCUUUCACUCUUCAAGAUUCAUAGUCAACAUCAAAAUGAUUCAUUUUUAGAUACUCUCAAAAAUUAAAUGAUUUUUCACGAUUAAGCAAAUUAAACGCCAAACGGAAAGUAGAAAUUUAGUAUUUAAAUUGAUAUUUUUAUUGUUUAGAUUUAUCAUUUCUUUCUUUAAUAAUUUUCCAUUACAUUUUCCAUUUCAACGAUUUUAUUUUUCUCAAUGUUUCAUUAAAAAAUCGUCAAUAUAUGACCAACAAAUUGCUUCC